GCAACGCUAUGGUCCCCGACCGCAGAGGCAGGUUGGACUGACGCAGUACCCCAUUCCUUGAUCUAGCAUAAAGUUAAAGUAACCUUCCAAUACCCAGGAGAUCAAUAUGCUUCAGCGACACAAAUCCUAAUCUUAUCCCGUCGCAAACCAAUGGGAGGCCCCGGGAAGAGGAUGACCACAUUGCUGCAUCACCACUCGGUGACCUCAUCGUGUAACUGGCUCCUCCCAGGCUGUCUACCUAACCUCCAGCAGACCUUCCUCAUAUAGGCGAAUACCAACCAACUACGCCCAAUUAACGGGAUCAUGGAAACCGUCAAAAGAACUAUUGCCGAGAACUUCGGCGGACCCUCUCACAAGCUCAGCGAGGAAAAGUUCGAUCUAGACGAUGUGCCCGACCUGAGUGGUAAAGUAGCCGUGGUGACGGGCGGCAGUGAAGGGAUCGGCUUCGGGGUCACCCAUACCCUGCUCUCGAAGAAGAUCUCAAAGCUCUUCGUGAUCUCCCUUCGAAAAGAAGUCGCCGACGAUGCCAUCUCCGCCAUCGAAGAAGAGUUCGGUCCCGACACACGCCACCGCUUCGUCUGGAUCCAAUGCGACCUGUCGGACUGGGAGCAGACAGCCAAGGUGGCAGGCGACAUCGCAUCGCAGACGGACCACAUCCACAUCCUCGUCAAUAACGCCGCCCGGGGCGUCAUGACCCGGCAGUUGGCCCCGACCAACGGGAUCGACCUGCACAUGGCCCUCAACCACAUGGGCCACGUCGUGCUGACCUCUCAUCUGCUGCCAACACUCAAGAAGACCGCCGAUGCAGGCGAAACCGUGCGCAUCGUCAAUCUCUCGUCCAACGUGGAAGCCAGCGCGCCCAAGGAUACCGAGUUUGCGUCCGUCGAGGAGCUGAACCGCGACUAUGGCCCGAACGCGCAGUAUGGUCGGUCCAAAUUGGCCGUGCUCUUGCAUGCCAAGUGGUUGAACGCCCAUCUCAAGCCCACGCAUCCCAAUAUCAUCGUCAAUGCGUCCCAUCCCGGUGUGGUGGAUACCGCGCAGACCAAGGUCCACAUCCAUGAGCCGUAUCCGCUGCUCGGAUACGGCUUGUCCGCGGGCUUGAAACCGUUCCGGAAGAACCAGUUCCAGGGCGCCGUGUCCACCCUGUAUGCGGCCACCGUGGCGACCGAGGGUGGACAGUUUAUUACCCCGCCGCGGAUCGUGGAGAGGGGCAGUGAUAAGGCUAAUUAUAUGCAGCUGGCUGACCGGCUGAUGAAGCUGACCGCGGAGGUGGUGGAAAAGAAGACGCGACCGGAGAGUAGUGCCAAGGGGUGCCCGUUCAAGGAAGAUUAGAUUCGACCCAGCGUAGAGAAGAUGGUUCUUGAUGUCUUACUCUGUUGCUGAAGUACAUCUGGCAACGGAUGUCGUGGUACGCCACGUAUGACUGGAAGGAGCGUUUUGUAACAUACAUGAAUGUUAUAUCCAAAAGCUGGUUGAGAUU